AUGCCUCGAUAUGAUGACUGGAACAAGAUCGAGGAGGACGAGGAGGACGAGCUGCAGGACACUUACUACGAGGGAAAGAAAGAUGUCAUUCUUUUCUGCAUAGACUGCUCCCCCUCCAUGCUGGAGCUGCAUGAGGACACCAAGUACGAGGACAUGCAGACCUGCCAUCUCUUCACCGCGCUCGAGGCCGCCGUGCAAAUACAGAAGAAGAAGGUCAUAGUGGGACCCAACGACGCUGUUGGAAUUAUGCUGUUCAACACGACAAGGAAGAAUGACCCGAAAGGCCAGGGCGCAGAGAUCAAGAGGGGCAGCUUCGUCUAUCAGCCCAUAGAUACGAUCAGCGCCGAGACUGUGCAAGAGCUGAUGCGGCUGCUUGAUGCCGCGAGAGAGGAUCCAAACGUCCUUCGGGAGACAUUCCCUCCCAAGACCGAUGGUCGCAUCCCCAUGGGAGAUGUGUUUACCAGCUGCAACUGGGUGAUACGCGAUGGAGCGCCAAAAACAGCCACUAAACGUGUAUUCCUAAUCACUGACGAAGAUGACCCCCACGAGGGGUCUACCAAUGAGCGGCUCAUGACCACCGCAAGGACCACAUUGAUCGACCUCGUCCAGGCAGGUGUGAACCUGGAACCCUUUUUUAUCAGCACGGCCGAGAAGCCCUUUGACGUGUCGAAAUUUUAUUCCUCAGUACUGCUCCCGAGCAACCUUGUGGACGACGAGGAAUCUGAUGCGACGGUCCUUCCGGAGUCAAUAUCCAUUACGCGAAUAGAGGACCUUCUUUCGCAGAUGCGGUUCCAUGAGGUUCCUAAACGAGCGCUAUUCAGCAUUCCGUUCCAGCUUGCGAAGGGCUUCGUCAUCGGUGUCAAGGGUUACGGUCUUGUCACGGAGCAAAAGAAGGGAGCAUACAAGUAUUUUGUGGACGUCGGUGGCAGCAUGGAACUCGCCAAUCCACAUACAUUGUAUGUCGAUGAGGAGCGACAAACCGAGGCAGACAAAACAAGAAUGUUCUUCGGAAUGGACUUGGGUGCGCCUGCUGCCACCGAGGACGCGGAUGAAGACGCGGAGGAAGAAUCAGGGGUCGGAGCGCGAGUUGUGCCUGUAAACAGUCGGCCCUUCUACACCGCGGACGAAGUACGCUCAUUCCGAACGAUGGGCUUGGAGCCUGGGCUGAAGCUGUUAGGCUUCAAAGAUCGCAGAGAACUCGCGUUCGAAGAUAAUAUCAAGCAUUCCACUUUCAUCUACCCAGACGAGAUGACAUAUUCGGGCAGCAAGCGCACGUUCAGCGCUCUCCUGCGCACGAUGCUGAAGAAGAAGAAAAUAGCAUUGGUCCUAUCUCUUACUCGACGCAAUUCGUCACCUACGUUCGGUAUGCUGCUACCCCAGGCAGAGAAGAUCGAGGAGGGCGGUUGGAACGAGCCGCCCGGGUUUCACCUGAUACCACUGCCAUUCGCGGACGACAUCCGCGCGGCGCCCGUCGAGCAAAGCUUCCGGGCUUCCGACGAGCUGAAGGAUGCAGCGCGCCAGUGGAUAGACAAACUCAGUGUCAAGAACGGUGCGUAUCCCCCGGACUCCUAUCCCAACCCCGCCUUGGCGUACCAUAACGCACAGCUCGAAGCGAGCGCGUUCCGCGAGGAAUUCGACGCGGAAGGGUUUGAAGACCUCACUCUUCCGAAGUGUGAUAUGAUCCAUAAGCGGGCCGGCCAAUUGAUGAAGGAGUGGAAGAGGCUAUUGCUACAUGACGAAUCAGCCAACACGGUAAUUGUCACCACUGGCUCUAAGCGCAAGGCCGACAUCAGUGUGGAUGAGGCAGAGAUACGUAGCAAGCACGAAGUCAAUAUGCUGGGCAAGCUCCGCGUGGACCAGCUGAAGGAAUUCUUAAAGAGCAAGAGCCAACCGACAUCCGGGAAGAAGGCAGAGCUCGUCGAGCGCGUCUCCGACUGGCUAGAUAACCAUUGA